AUGAUGCAGGGCAACCAGACACUCGGCCUCAAUUUCUUCAACACAAGAUUCGACGGGACCUCGAAAAAGCAGUAUGAGAAGAAGAAGAUUGUCACUAUUGUCAAGUCGUUUAUUGUCAUUCCUAAGUCAUCCACUAAUCCCUCAAUCCUCGCGUUACCUAUAUUGCCUCUGUCCAAAAAGGAGAGGAGAUAUAGCAAUGCCAGCAUAGGAAUCAACCUCAGGUCCAUCUUCCGCAGAAUGGCCUUCUCGUCCAAAUGGGCAAAGGAAGCCCGGGUAAGGUGCCCAUCGUCAGGCAGCGCCGGACGAACUUGA